UUUAAUUUCUCUUUCUCUUUAUUUAGACAAUGGAAGUCUUGAGAAUUAAGGAUUGAACAAUUUUGAUGAUCUGUUUUAUGGCGUACUACCCCAUGAUGCCCUAGUUCUCCCAAGUGAAUAUAUAUUCUGUGCAGAAAUAAUUAGCAAUGGUGAAUCCAUGGCAUUGUGCUGAGCUCAUUGAUUGAUCCUGUUGAAGCAUCCCGGGAGUGUCACUCCCUCAACUUUAAUCACACCCUCCACCUUUCACCUCAUUGCGAUCCCUCGUCACCUAUUCCUGUACUUGUUGCUGCACCUGUAAAGGCCCAUGCGCACCACUAUCGAUUAUAAAAUAAUCCUAUAAAAGCUCAGCUCUUGGUGUGGCUCACAUCAAACUGUUGUGACUAUCAAAUCUGUCUGUGUCUCGUGAAAUUCAUUUCAGUAUAUCAGCAACAUCCUGGAGACUCAAAAUUCGCUGGAUCAUUUUUUCAUGAAGAAUUGAGAACCGGCACAAUGUCCAGGAUAUUCUGGCCCUUGGUUUUUCUCCUGGUGGGGCUGACCCUAGCUGCCAUGCCAGUCCCCCACCAGACAAGUGAGGACACCCUGAGAAGUGCCCUGAACGCAGUUACAAGAAAACAGCGGUCCCUGGGUGCUCUUCCUCAGGAUUAUUACGGGGACCUGCGAUCUUUCAAGUAUCACGGCGACCCAGAGCGCAAGUUCGAGAGGGAGGAAGUGCCCGAGAUGGAUGACGACGAGGAUGACCUCGAAUUCCUUCCCCUAGAGAAUGGCCAGUUGGAGAAUAUCGGGGGUGGAUACCAAGGGUUCAACAAUAAGAGGCUGGAGAGAGCUCUUAUGGAUUAUCUCGAGAUGACACCCAUUCAGAGAGACACCGGAUCCUCGUUUCGCGAACGCGAGAGAAUCGGUACCCGAAAACGGACAAUGAGCCCCGAUCACGCGACUGGGAGUAAUAGAGAAUUGGCCAGACUGUUCCUGGACGAGCUUCAAAAUUCGUCCCCGUAUGGAGAAGACCCCGAGGAUGCCGAGUACUUGCCAAUCGAGGCUUUACAGUCGCUCUACGACAGGUACAGAUUGGAGCAGAAUAAUAAAUAUGACAAAUUGGAUUCCCCCGGGCCAAUGUCGUGGGGCGAACUCCUCGCUAAGGAUCGUUCACGAGAGGACGACGGAGUUGAUUUCGCUGACAGGGAGCGCAGUCAACAUCCGAGAAAUUAUUUGCUCUACCAGGUUCUUCCAACCCAGAGGAGAAAUAUCAAUGCAAGGUAUCCGAUUGGCAGGGAGUAUAGAGACCUUGUCAAGCGCUUUCCAGUAGCCAAGAGGAGUACUAAACCCUUUUCUUUGACGUCGCAAGCUACUGACCCUAAGGUGGUUCAGGACCUGGGUGCCCUGUUCGGCCCCCAGGCCUCGGAGAUGAACAAAACGCAAGUGCAGAAGGUGCAAUCGAAAUCAAAUCACGUACACGGAAUGGAUCAUAUGCAACCGCAUACGUCGGAGCGACCGGUGUCCUUCACCACGGACAUUACGUCGACGACAUUCCGUCAGGACAAUACCAAGGAGAAGGGAACGAAGCCUGGCAAGACCAAGGAGCACCUGAUUGAGAUAAAGAAGAAGAGUGUGGAUUGGUCUCAGUACUUUGGCAUCGACAGGAGGCGAAAGAAGGCGUCUCUUCUGGCAAGACCUGGCACCCAGGAGCAGGACGACGAGUGGAUGCUCCAGAGGUACUACAAGACCAUGGCGGACAAUCUUCAAUCUCCGCCGAAGGAUCUCGAAAGGAUUGGAGGGGAGAAGAGGGACAAAUUGGAUCAGAUGGAUGAGAAACUGAAGAACGUUAAGAACGUCAUCAUCGAGGACGCCGUCAGGUACUCGGCUGCUGACGAUGACGCCGAUCCCCAGGAGGUCAAGGACGUGGUAAUGGCCAGAAUGGCCGCUGCUUAUUCCCUGGAGAAGAUGCGAAAGGCUCUCAAUGAAUUUAGAAAUAGCAUUGCUGCUCAGAGGGAUGUACCCAGGAAUUCUCAGGGAAAAAAUAAUUCCAGUAAUGGGAGUAAAGAUUCUAAUGGGACUGGGGACUAUGACAAGAGGUCCAGCAAUGCCAUUGAGGAUGAAGGCUCUCCUUACGAAGGAUUUGAUGAGGGAAAGUUCACGAGUUGCCCGGAAUUGGAAGCCAUUGAGAGGAGCUGCAAACCAGCUAGAAAUCUCGUUAGUGGACUCUUUGUACCCUGUAUGAUGCAUCAAAUUUGUAGAACAUGUGACGAUGAGGACGAGUGCAUGGGCCUGUUCGCGAUGGAGGCAGCUCGAGUGUGCGAUUCCCUGGAGGAAGAGGGUCGUGAUGCUGGUGGACACUGCGCCAGGACAGCUCUGGUCAUCUCCCAGAUGCAGCCACCCUCGAUGAUCACAUCGCUCUGUCAUGGCCCCACCGGGGAUUCCUGUCUUCGUCGCUAUCAAUAUCGCAAUCGUCAUCGUUUCUACCCCUCAUCCCGUCGACACAGCGGAUUCGACGCCCCAAUGAAACGAUAAGAAAUUACCAUAAUCACAAUAAUCGCAAUGGGGUAUAUAAUGCCGCUCGACACGACAGCGUCAUAUCAAAUUCAAUCUUCCGUCUCUUUGCAACUCAUUGUCUGGAGAUAAAUACAAACAUUUAGAUCCUUAGGCGUUUAGUCAUGUGUCACGACUUAUUCCCAUUCGUUGACUAAAUCCAUGAGAAUAAAGUGUGAGAAAAUUUUUUAAGAAAAACUCUGCACUUUCUGUUUUAUUGGAAUUUCAUUGAAAUUGUUUUAUUCCAUUACUCAUUCAUCGAGAGAUAAUUGUUUACAUGAUUAAUUUUUCAAUGUUUUCGUCUUGGAUUUUAUUCAGAGAGAUAAAUUGAGAUUUCCUAUUGACUUCUACAGUGAAAUAUCUUUUAACAGGAUUUUCGUAGGGAUUGAGCAUAAUUGUUUACAGAAAGCGCUGGGUUUUUCUAUCAUUUUUUCCACAGGCGAAUGAGAGAAUAUUUAUUCAUCUCUAAAUCAAAUGCAAAUAUUUAUGAGAGAGGAAAAAAACUGGAACAUUUUUUGCGAAUUCUGGAGAGUAUUGAAGAGUGAUUCUCUUUCAAGAUUAUAAACUUCAGAUGAAAUCUAUUGAUGACAUUAUUAAUCGUACUGCUUAAUCCGUACAGUGUGUACCUGAAUGUAUAAUUGGUUUAGAAUAUAAGCAGUAUAUUUUCCUGCCUAUCGAUAUUUUAAGUCACCCUGGAGACUCAUGCACUCGAAAAAAUUUAUCUAUUUUCAUUUAUUCCGAGAGAGAGAGCGCAAGAAAAUUUCAUACAAAAACCUCACGCAUUCGCUUUAUUCUACACUGAAUUCUAUUGGAAAUAAUCUAUUAAUUCCUCGGUAUCAAAUUAUAAUUAUAAUUAAUCGUAAUUAAUCAUGAAAUCGUUCUGGACAUUUUUCCACUACAAAUAUUCAACAGAAAAUAUUUCACAUGAGAAAAAAUCACUAGUAUUUUAUUCUAAAAAUUCUCUCUUCAAAUAUUUUCUAUAUAAAUUAUAAUAUUCUAUUGGGGUUUAUUUAAUAGAUCGUCUGGUUAAUUAAUUGGAGUCAUUAAUGCAAUUUGUAGUGGAAUAGUCCGAAUGAAAAAAUUAUUCAUUUCAAUAAUUUCGUUAAUCUAAAUGAUUAAUGAAAUUUUUUGAUUUUUUAGUGAAUUCGCAGUGUUUUUAGUGGAAUUUUGUCACGCGUAUUUAUUAUUUCACCACGCACCACUCGGCCUAACGAGCCUAAUUUCAAUCUGACGAUUUUUCGGGAAUUGAUCAACGAAGCAGAGGACAAUAACUGUUUUAAAGUAUUGAGAAACGACUUGAUGUCUCCAAUGGGUCUUUGGGUAAUUGUCACAUAAGGGAAGAACAAAUUCAGUCUAUGUAGUCGAUAUUCAUUAGAAGAUUUUCAUUAAUUUCACUAGAUACCGUUCAUUAAGUCUAUCCGAUAUAUUCUACCAUCUCGUUAAUUUAUUUUUGAAUCAACAAUUUAUUUAACUUCGCGAUCACUAUCAGCUGGGGGUGGUAGAGGAUGAAAAUUCACAUUUUUUUGU